UCGAUUACACACCACCGAUUUAACAACACUGGCAGGCUUCGUGAGCAAAAUUAUUAGUCAAUUCAAGUCAAAAGAAAAUAUUCAGUGCCAGUGCCAGCGCCCCCCACCCCGACAGAAAAGAUUAUCAAUUUGGUGAAGAACAGACCUGUUAAGUCCCAAAAUCGAACCAUUAUAAGCCCCAUCCAGAACAAAGAAAAGAGAAAUUGGCAAGGUGAACGGGAACGGGGAACGGGCAACGCAACCAUGUCUAUGUCAUGGACAGAGAAAGUCGAUCCUGAGUUGAUCUUCACCAAGCAGGAGCGCAUUGGCAAAGGCUCGUUUGGUGAGGUCUUUAAGGGCAUUGAUAAUCGCACCCAGCAGGUCGUCGCCAUCAAGAUCAUCGAUUUGGAGGAGGCUGAGGAUGAGAUCGAUGACAUCCAGCAGGAGAUAAUGGUGCUAUCGCAAUGCGAUUCGCCUUAUGUCACCAAGUAUUAUGGUUCCUUUCUCAAGGGUACCAAACUGUGGAUUAUCAUGGAGUACCUGGGUGGUGGUUCGGCUUUGGAUCUGAUGAAGGCUGGCUCCUUCGAGGAAAUGCACAUUGGCAUCAUCUUGCGUGAGGUACUGAAGGGCUUGGACUAUUUGCACUCUGAACGCAAGUUGCAUCGCGACAUUAAAGCGGCCAAUGUGCUGCUAAGCGAACUGGGCGAUGUUAAGCUAGCGGACUUUGGCGUGGCUGGUCAGUUGACAAAUACCACCUCAAAGCGGAACACCUUUGUGGGCACCCCCUUCUGGAUGGCACCAGAGGUGAUCAAGCAGUCACAGUAUGACUCCAAGGCGGACAUUUGGUCGCUGGGAAUCACAGCUAUUGAACUGGCAAAGGGUGAACCGCCAAAUUCGGAAUUGCAUCCGAUGCGAGUGCUUUUCCUCAUACCGAAGAAUAAUCCGCCCCAGCUUACCGGCAAUUAUACCAAGUCCUUUAAGGACUUUGUCGAGGCUUGCCUUAACAAGGACCCCGAGAAUCGUCCUACUGCCAGAGAGCUGCUCAAAUACCCAUUCAUUAAGAAGGCCAAAAAGAAUGCCUAUUUGAUUGAUCUUAUAGAUCGCUUUAAGAAGUGGAAGCUGUCCAAGGGUGACGAGAGCGAAACCGAGUCGGAGAACUCUGAUUCCGAUUCGGAUGCAAAGCAGGGUGGCAGCAGCCAAGAUGAACCCUGGAUCAUGACCGUCAAGGGGCUACAUAUCAAUAGUGCUCCUCGAGCUGGAGUUAAUAGUUUUCAGCUGCAGGAGCAUGAGCUUACCAUGCAGAAGCUGAUGCAGACCACACACUCUCCAGGUGGCAGUGGAGGCGGUGUUUCAGUUACGACAGCCAGCUCCAAUGAGACGACAAAUCAUCACAAUAGCAGCAGCAGUGGCAGCACCACUGCCUCGACUAACAGCAGCAGCAGCAACAACAACAAUAACAACAAUAAUUUAAACAACAAACAUGCCACUACAACCAUGUUAAAUGCCACACCUGUACCAGUUGCAGCUCCGGCUUCAUCUUUGGCCGCAGCUUCAUCUUCAUCCACAGCUGUUGGAGCAGCUGGUUCGGUGGUCAGCACUUCAUCCUCUGCCAGCGAGCUGAUGCAAAAGCGUUCCAGCUCCAAGCCGGAAUUGCGUCAGAGCCGUUCUGCUGGUGCCUUCAUAGAUCAGGUCGAGGAAAGGCGCUCCUCACUGGGUCUUAAUUUGAAUACUAUCGAACAGCAGCAGCAACAGCAGCGUCGUAGCAGCCAACGUGAAUCAUUCCAUGCCGCUAACGAGGAUUCGAAUCAUGUGAAACAGCAGCCGUCAUCUGGACAACGUCUUAUGCAAACCAAUAGCGCUUGCCUGAACAACUUCCUCUUCCCCGUACUGACCGACAUUCAGAGAAAGUAUUCAAGCAACAACAGCAGCAUGGGCGGCGGAGUUGGGAUCGGCAAUAACAAGAAUUUGGGCGACAUUGGUGACCUUAAAUCCGUCUUCGAGCUGGCCGAGCGCUCUAGCCCUGGCGUUAGUGAUCUGUUCAUGAAGGAACUGAUCCACAUGCUGGUUCCGGGCUACUCCGAGACACGCAUUAAUAAUAUUAUGGAUCGCACUAUUCGCCAUCGCAAAUAAAAGCAGUAGCAGCAAAAAAUUCCACAACUAAAAAAAUAUAUAUUUAGAAUCGAAAAAAUUAACGAAAAACAACAGAAACCCCAACAACUACAACUACAUAUUCCGACAAUUAGUGGCCAAUGGGGAGUAGAAAUGUACAUGUAUUUCAAUUGAAGUUAUUUAAGCAUAUAAUAUAUAUAUAUGUAUCCGUUUGUUUAUCUGCAAUAUUAAUCUAAUGCAUAAAAUA